UGUUGUGACUAUUCCGUGGGAUUCAGCCGGCAGAUUUAAGACAUAAUUCAUUCAAUAUUUUACAAUACUAUUGCCUAUUUUAACUGGUGUAACCAAUUUCAAGAAGGUUAACAAUGUCAUCAAGUACAAAAAGAAAAGAAGAUGAGGUCGUGUUUCGAAUAUCAAUGCAGAGGCUCUCGUGCAUCUGCUGCUCACUGCCUCUCUUCGGUUUUCUAGCCUGCGUUGGGACCAGCCUUUACUUACAUUUUGAAGGGGCAACAGCCACUCACUGCGGGGUUCGAAAUUACCUCCCAUCGAUCAGUGCUGCAAUUGGAGGCUUUACCCCUGAAAAAUACAUCUGGAGAAUCUGUAUUGGUUUACACUGUGCUCCACGUUACAUGAUGCCUUUCAUGUAUUAUAGAUAUUUCCAAAACUCUAUGGACAAUGUGAAACAGAAGUUUGCAUUUACCUUGAUGCUAUGGACAGCAUGUUUGUCACAUGUGAUAGAAAUCAGUUCUCUGGUUGGGCUGACCUUCAUCUCAUCCUCAGAGAACAGAGGACUCCAUGAAAACUUGUUUAUUUCCUUCAUGGUGUUUUCCUUACUCUUCAUGCUUAUCAUGUGUAUUCUAAUGAGGUGGUGUAACCAGGAUAAGCCUGAGAAUCACAAGGAUAGAAGAUCACAGAAGUAUAAAACAAUACUGUUCUUGGUGAACAUCUUAUCUUUCCUGGCGUCUGUAUAUUUCUUCAUCAGACAUAAUAGUAAAUGUGAACCAGGAGUGUACACAAUAUUUGCAUUCCUGGAGUAUGUGAUUGUGGUGACUAACAUAGCAUUCCACCAUGCUUGUGUAGUGCUUGACUUUGGGGAACAUGAAGUUUAUGUAGCACCCAUUAGUAUGAGUGGAAGAUCAGAGAAGAUGGCAUAGACAGUGACUUUUUUGACCAGUAUUUAUUGAUAUGAUUGUGAUAUAGUGUGAUAUUAAGACUGAAAUGGAUGUUUCCAUCGAGGGAGACUAGACUUAGUGUAGAAUAAUUUAUCUGUGUCAGAAUAUCUUAUAGCAAUUUAAUGAUUAAUGUGCAUUCUAUACAUAAAAAUGAAUUUAAGAGUAGUAAUCUUGUAAAUAAAAGAAAUCUUUUGAAACAGACAAAAUACACAAAACCCUUUGUGAAAAGAAAAAAACAAUUAUUUUCUCUCAGGCUAGAGGAAUUGUAUAGAUUAAUCUAAAAUGUGUUUUUGUGCUGUGUUGUGAAGAAGAUGGAAAUAAUGAGUCGAUAUUGUUUUUGGUUGAAAAUGAUCAAAGUGGGCCAUUUAUGGGGAUUAUAUCCUGUCAACAUUUAACUUUGUUUGCAUUGUGAUCUUUCUCACUAUUUUUGAUAAAGUUGUAAUGAAGUGGUAAAACAGUAUUGAAAUGUCAGUAUAUUAAGACAGUAGGAUAGAUCAAGAUCACCUAUAUUGUCUAUGACUACGUGGCAGUUAUAUAUCGAGUUGAGGACGUUUUUAUUUUUCAUAAGAUUGUUGAUUGUGUGCUUCUAGCAUUGGGCUUGCCACCACUUGAAGACGACCAAUUUUGACCCACUCUUUCAAAUAUGCAAGCUGAAAUGUUAAAAGUUCAUCAAUGCAUAUGUAUAAAUACGAUGAUGAUCAUCAAUUAUUGUCAAAACCCAAAUUUAAGGUGUGGGGAAAAAUUCAUUCUUCAAGCGGUCGGCAGCUCGGUGUAACAAGGGGUUUAUUACUAGUAAUAGUAUGUGUUUACGUACACUGCAGAAUACUGAGAUCUUUUUUUCUCUUUUUUGAUAGAUGUGGUAUUUUAUAAAAAAGAAUACAGCUGUUUGGUAUAACCAAAUACCAGUUUUGUCGUAAUAAAAUUGUACAAACUGAAACGAAAUGGCUUUUUAUUCUUACAUAGGAAAGGUGCCAGACGGGUCAUUAUUUCCAACAACUUGUAGUUUUUCCGGACGAUGUAUUGACAUACCUUUUACAUGCCAAGUCUCAAAUUUAAAAUGUUAAAUUUAUAAUCAAAGUAUUAAA